CGUUUCCAAUUCAGUUCCAUGUGAGAAGGAUAUCCUCCACCGGUUGACUGUCUGCUGUUGUUGCUUCAUGUCGUCUUAUUUGAAGUCCAGUUCAACAGUGUUCUAUUCGUCAUUUACAAAUAUUUCUCUACCCAAAAACUAAAAUGUAUUCUAAACAAGUUAUAUAACCGUUGUUUUUUAUUAUUGCGAAGGAAGUUACUGGCUGUUCGACCUGUCCUUUAAACUGUUUCUCUUCCUAAAAACUAAUUCUUUACCGACUUCAAAAAAACAAAGUUUUUUUUCAAUUGUUUUAUUUUAAAAAAUAACUUUCAGUAAACUUCAGUGGAUAUUUACAUAUAAGAAAUAUGUUCGACGAAGCAGGGGAAGUUUUUGAAAUGUUUCGGAACAAUUUUCCGAUGACUUUUAUAUGUUUUGUACCUCUGUUGAUCCUCAUGUCGCCUGUGAUUCCAGCUCGGGCAGCACAUGAGUUCGCUGUCUACAGGAUGCACCAAUAUGAUCUACACGGCACUGCUUACGGAUGUCGCAGUUCAUUUGUAAACAUGGAGGCUAGAUCUGUUGAUGCUAAGAUGCUAACUCGUCGUUGUAUCAUAGUACGACUUCGGGAGCUGACAGUGGUUAGCUACAGAAAGCUAGUAAGCCAGAAUGUGGGUGCUGUGUUGGUUCUUCUACCGGACUACUUCACAAACAUCACAGUUGAGGAGAAAGAGCGGCUGUAUGGCUUGGAAAGGGAGCUUCUCUUGGAAGAAACUAAUGUCCCUGUAUUCUUUGCCUAUGAGAGUGAGGCCCUAACCAAUAUUUACAUAGAUGUGAAGCAUUUGUCAACUGGGGAUCAGGCACCAAGUGCUCUAGAAGCCCUGUUAAGUGCUGCUUCAGCAAAUGGUUUCCAGAUGGUGGUUAGUGGAGCUCAGGCUAAAGCUCUCCCAGAUUUUCAAAUCACUAACAUUCAGGGUCGGUUGGCAGGUUACGGUAUUGAAGAACAGUUGCCCAGUGUCAUCAUAGUUGCUCAUUAUGAUUCUAUGGGUAUUGCACCAGGUUUGUCUGAAGGAGCUGAUUCCAAUGGAAGUGGAGUAGUUACACUUCUUGAAUUGGCUCGUCUUUUCUCCAAACUUUACACCAAUUCUCGAACACAUGCAAAAUAUAAUUUGGUGUUUUUAUUGACUGGUGGUGGUAAAUUUAACUACCAGGGUACUAAACGCUGGAUUGAAGACAGUCUUGAAUCAACUGAUAACAACCAGUUAACAGAUGUGGCCUAUGUGCUAUGUCUUGAUACCAUUGGCAAUGGUAACACUUUGAACUUACAUGUAUCUAAACCACCUAGAGAAGAUAGUGCUGGUGGAAUUUUCUUAAAAAAUUUAGAAGAAAUUACCAAAAAAUUUUUUCCUGAUGUGCAAUUUAAGAUGAUACACAAAAAAAUCAACUUGGCUGAGGACACUUUAGCCUGGGAACAUGAGAGAUUCAGCAUAAAGAGACUGCCAGCAUUCAGUCUUUCACGACUGGAUACACACAAGACAACAGAGAGGGCGACUGUUCUUGAUGUUAGGUCUCGAGUUGACACCAGCGUACUCAGCCGUAAUAUACAAAUAAUAGCUGAAGCACUUGCUCGUCAUAUUUAUAAUUUGACAAACCAAGGCCAGUUUCGUUUGUUUACAGAUGGUCUGGAAGUUCAAGAAGAUUUAAUAACAGCUUGGCUGGAUUGUCUAACAUCACAGCCUCGAGCAACACCACUCAUUCCUAAAGAUCACAGCAUCAUCACCAACCUGGAAGAAACAUUGUCACGUUAUCUCAAAGAUGUCCGUGUGUCAGGGAUGAAGGCUGAUAAAAGAGAUCCAGAGUUUUUGUUCUAUGAUGGUGCUGUUUAUUCAAUGAAUGCCUACAAUGUGAAACCAGCCAUCUUUGAUCUCUUCUUAGCUGUUGGCAUUGGAGCAUAUUUAGCUGUUGUUUAUCUUAUUGUCCAAAAUUUCCAUCUUUUGAAGGGUUUUUUGCAGAUGUCUGUCCAAAUGUCUGAGAAACUAAAGUCACAUUAAACUUUCAUCUUUGUCAGAACUGGCUUCCAUCAAUGGAUGUAUUACAAAGUGCUGUGUCUCAGCUGUUUGUUUCAUUUUCAUAAAAAAAGGAAGAAAAACAAACCAAAAAAAAAAAAACAACCUAAACCUCUCUUACUACUUCUGUGUUUCACUACCAAAAACAGUUACUUUCUUUACUUAUUAACAUUGUUUUCACGACUAACUUUUCCAUUCCUUUAUCUGUGGCACCACAAAAAAAACUUCACUAUUAGUUCUUUGGAAACAACAAAACUAAUUAACAUUAUCCAUUGUUAAAUGAUAAAAGACAUUGACUAAGCAUGUUAGACAUUUCUUGUUGUUGUGGCACAAUUUGUUUCUUUUUUUUUAACUUUUUACACCUGAACUGACUCUCAUUGACACAAAAUUAACUCGAAUCUCCUUUCAACUUGAAUGUUUCUGUUUAAUUAUGACACUUUUACAUCUCUGCAAUAACUGACUCUUCCCACCUUGGAAACCAACCCCUCCCACCUCACACCAACAAAGCAACAAAAUUCUCUACAUCUGUCAUGUUGUUGUUGUUGUUUAAUCCCAGGCCCACCCUAAUUCAGCAAACCUGUGAUUAAAGAUAUUCCAGCUGUAACCAUC